CCGUACUGGAACCUGCUACACUUUAAUUGUCUCUCUUGGUUUCGAGCUUCCCCUGUGAAAACAAUUUAUUAAACUUGUGGCAGACCAGUAGUCUGGAAUGUCUGGGCUUUUCUGGUCUCUCUGUUCUUCCCGUGAGAGAGAUGCUAUGUAGGGACGGCGGCUUUUUUCCGGCUGUGUGGCUGAGAGGGUUGCUGCAACAACAGCUGACGUUGUUGCACGGGGCAUGAAAAACCCUCGAAAAAUUGGCGGUGAAAAACGAGAGUGAAAAAACAGCGUGCACAGCUCUCUCUUUCACUUUUUGUUGCGAGCCCAAAAUUAUCUUGGCAUGUCUUGAAAACGUUUUUCUUCACCACAAAGGGAUAAAAAACUCGUAGUUUUAGCUGGCUGGGCAACCCAGCGCCCAUCCGUUGGGAGAAAAGCAAUUUGCCAACCCCCUUCACACAGGUUUUCUUUGACACCCUCUGUCGCCAACGCAACCUCUUUGUUGCAAGGCAGUAGAAACGGUUGAGUUCCAUCAACCUUAUUUUUCGCAAUCGUUUCCGGGUAUUUCUUGAACAGCCUGUCUGCAGAGAGAGCGUGGUGAGAAAUGGGUGGUCUUCGGGCUAUUUGGUCCCACGGUGCUGUUGCGCGGCAGCCGUAACUCGUUUCUUCUACAGCGGCUCGGCUCGUUGCUCCAUUUCCAGAGAUAUCAAAAAAUUGGCUUGUUUUGUCACGUUCCUAACCAGUAAAAGUCCCUAUGUGCCUUGUUGCGUGUCAGCACCCGAGCGUCUCAUUGGGUCCCGUGUUGGCUGGCAACUGUCUUCACCUCCUUUUUCGCCUCCUCUUCCGGCACCAGCCUUCAGUCUACGCUUGAAAAACCUGUGUCCUGUCCUUUUUCCGAUCAAAACAGCUGCUGAAAAUCAAGGGAACCAUUUCGGCCAUCCAUUUGGCCGGCCUGCUCACCAGCUGUGAACAAAAGUCGCUGUCUCUGGUGCUCGGCUCUCGCUCCGACCGACAGUCGUGCGAGUUUUUGCUUCAAGAGUAGCCUUAGUUCUGAAAUUGUGUGAGAACGCACUUGGAGCCACAGCGAGUGUGGCAAUGUACGAGACAUGCUCCUCCUCGCCUUGCUGAGGACGCGGUGAAACUCCACUCAUCUUUUCCUGGCCUUUGUCGAGAAGGCAGAAGUCUCAGCCGACCCCUUCUUUCCUUCGUCCUCUUCUUGCGAAGAUGCCGGACCCGCAGUACGAUCCCGCAGCUGCUCAGAAGAGUAGCAACGCUCGCGGAGGAGGAAGUCAACGGACAACAGCCGUGAAGGGGGAACGGCAGAGCCGCGUUCACACAGGCAACCCUCACCCGACUCUGACUUACGAUAUUGGGAGGGUCCUCGGCAAUGGAUCAUUCGGCGUCGUCACAGAGGCAAGAUGCGUUGAUACGGGGGAAGUCGUAGCUAUCAAGAAAGUCCUUCAGGACCCGCGUUACAAAAAUCGCGAACUUGAUAUUAUGAAGGAACUCAAACACCCCAAUGUUGUUAAACUCAUUGACUACUUCUACACGGAAAUGGGCGAACGCGAUAGCAACGACCACAACCGGUUCCUCAACGUUGUGAUGGAACACAUACCGGAAACGGUAUACAGAGUCAUGAAGUCUUUUCUACGGGCUAAUCAACAGGUCCCGUUCAUUCUGAUCAAGCUGUACACCUACCAAAUGUGCCGCGCGUUGGGUUAUCUUCAUGCUUUGGGCAUUUGCCACCGCGACAUCAAGCCUCAGAAUCUGUUGGUAGAUUCUCGGACACAUGUCCUCAAGUUGUGUGACUUUGGUUCGGCAAAACGGCUUGUUCCCGGCGAACAGAGUGUCUCUUACAUCUGUUCUCGGUUUUACCGGGCACCUGAGCUCAUGCUUGGCGCGAGCGAAUAUACUACGGCAAUCGACGUUUGGUCCAUAGGGUGUGUGCUCGGAGAGCUACUGCUUGGCCGCCCACUGUUUGCCGGCGAGACUAGUGUAGACCAGUUGGUCAAGAUCAUUCAAAUUUUGGGCACUCCCAGCAGGCGUCAAAUGUCAACUAUGAACCCGAACUACACAGAAUUUCGGUUCCCUGAUGUCAAACCGAGAGAGUGGAAGUCGAUAUUUGCUUCGCAUAUUGCUUCGACUGAGACCAAUGACCCAUCAUGGGACCAAGCGCUCGACCUUCUGACCAAGUUUUUGAGAUAUGAGCCUGGAGAGAGGCUCCUUCCGCUGGAAGCUUUAGCUCAUGAUUUCUUCGAUGAGCUACGUCUGCCAUCAACGAGGCUCCCGAGUGGUGGACCUCUGCCCGAGUUGUUCACCUUCUCCCAGCUAGAGCUGCAGAACAUGUCGCCUGCAGCGCAAGUAAAAUGUAUUCCGAAGCAUAUCGCCAGUGCAAACAACCGUGGCUAAAUGGCUUUGGCCGCAGCUGUCGGUCUUUUUUUUGGCUCCCUACACCUACUAGGGAUGGGGAGCUUCUCUUAUGCUGUGUGUCUUAACAUUCCUGCUUCUGCAUCUUUUCGUCAACGUGCUUCUGUCUUGCACGACGACCGAUUCAAUUUUAUCAAGCUUUGUACAUCCUCAAAUGAGUAGGUGUGCACAAGAGGGGAGUGAUGUGACUUGACUAGUGGCGAUUCCGGUAAACAUGGGUUCAGGGCUUCAUUGUAAGAAGUGGCAAUCCUCGCUAGUAGCUUCCGGGAUAGUGAAAGAGCUACUGAGCCAAGAGCGUGUCGGGGAAUUGGUGUGCUCUGGCUGCGUAUAAGAAUGUUUGAGUCUUGGACAGUCCUUUUUAAGGUUGGCCACCUCCUUGCAAGGCUGUCAUUGGCCUGCGUGGUUGACUGUCGCACCAUGUUUUCGCUAAUGCUAUCUGAACCUCAGUGGCGAGCGGCUCUCGGUUAGGCGAACAACACCGAAGCUAGACGCGCUGCUGAGGAACUGGAGGAAAUGCCUAAUCGCGCCGCGCGUAGACUUGGCGAACGAAGCGACAUCCUCGAUAAGCAGCGGCGUCCAUUGAAGAAGAUAAACUAUCACACCUAUGCUUAAUUGUGUUGUGCCCGCAUCGGGACGGUCGGUUUAGAAGUUCUUUGUUCUGCCGCGUUGUUUUGCAGAAUGGGUACACCGUUGGUUGCCCCCCUUCCGACGUCAACCACUAAGAAGCAGGACUUCAAUACAGCUAGCGAGGAGGUACCCUUCGACGGGUGUUUCUAAUCACGAUCUCAAUCAUCUAUAGUAGUAAUACAGUGC